AUGCUUGAUGGGUGUUUGGGAGGCUUCACUAGAAAAUAUUCUCUUAAUUCAAAGACUGGAACUCUGCUUCCUGAAUUCCCUAGUGCUCAGCAUCUUGUUUUACAAGGAUGUUUGUCCAAAGAAAAGGUGGACACACUGAUCAUGAUGUAUAAAACCCACUGUCAGUGUAUACUUGACAAUGCAAUCAAUGGGAAUUUUGAGGAGAUCCAGCACUUUUUGUUGCAUUUUUGGCAAGGAAUGCCAGAUCAUCUGCUGCCACUGCUUGAAAAUCCUAUAAUUAUAGAUAUAUUUUGUGUUUGUGACUCCAUCCUUUACAAGGUUCUCACAGAUGUCCUUAUACCUGCAACAAUGCAGGAAAUGCCUGAAAGUUUAUUAGCAGACAUAAGAAAUUUUGCUAAACACUGGGAGCAGUGGGUUAUUUCAUCAUUGGAAAACCUUCCAGAAACUCUCUCAGAGAAGAAACUGCCAAUCGUCAGAAGAUUUGUAUCGUCUUUGAAAAGACAGACUUCAUUCUUACACUUAGCUCAGAUUGCUCGGCCAGCCCUGUUUGAUCAGAAUGUGGUGAACGCCAUGACAUCUGACAUUGAUAAAGUAGACUUGUACAGUAUUGGUUCUCAGGCUCUUCUCAGUAGCUGCAGUGGUGCUGACUCAGACAGUGACGUCUACACAGAGUUGUUUCAAGAGUUAAAAGAUCUCUUAAAGAAAAAUGCUACGGUGGAGUCCUUUAUUGAGUGGUUGGAUAAUGUUGUAGAGCAAAGAGUUAUCAAGACUAGCAAGCAAAAUGGAAAAUCACUGAAGAAGAGAGCUCAAGAUUUUCUUUUGAAGUGGAGUUUUUUUGGAGCCCGUGUUAUGCACACUUUAACGUUAAACAACGCAUCUAGUUUUGGAUCAUUCCAUUUAAUAAGAAUGCUACUUGAUGAAUAUAUACUACUGGCUGUGGAGACACAGUUUAACAACGAUAAGGAACAAGAGCUCCAGAAUUUAUUGGAUAAGUACAUGAAGAAUGCAGAUGCAAGCAAAGCAACAUUUACUGCCUCACCAAGCUCUUGCUUCCUUGCUAGCCGAAACAAAUCCGGUGGUCUUCCAAGUGAUCCUGCAGUUAAAAAUGAGUGUCUCCAAGAACAGAAUUACCAUGAUCUGUCACCACAGCAACAUGUUGGACUUGUUCGUGGCUUACACUCUUUUACAAAUGAAAAUAAUGAAGACAUUACACUUACAGAUCACAUGGAGGUUUCCCACAGCACAGCCCAUCUGAUGACUCCACCUAUGUCACCAACCAUUUUGAACCGAGGAAGUGUUAUAAAUCAAGGACCAAUGGCUUUAAGGCCUUCUAGUGUAGGUUCAGGAAUACCUACCCAUUCUCAAGCCUCCUCAUUUUCUGAACCACUCUACCAAAAUAUUCCUCAACCAAACCAGAACUAUUUUGGUACUAGUUCAAACUAUCAAGCCAUGUUUAGAGCACAUGUUCAGUCUCCUUCUGGGGCCUUUCACCAUAGGUUGGAUCAGAGUCGAUACCCACAAUUAAAUGAGCAACAAGUUCCACGAGAUUAUUUCACCAACAGCUGUGCAGUAACUCCAUUUAACACUCGUCCUUCUUCAAACUAUGGAACUUCAUCAAAUACUCAAGACAUGCAGUUCUUUAAUACCAGUGGAUUUAAUUUUUUAAAUGGUUCUGUCUCUGGAAACUGUCCAGGAGGAGGUUUUUCUUCAAGCACAUCCAAUGGUUACUAUGGAAAUCCUUUAAACUACUCAGAAUCUCAUCGGCUUGGGUCAAUAAUUGAUCAACAUGUAUCAGUCAUUAGCAGCGUUAGUUCUAUUCGCCCUCUUCAUUCAUUUAAUGACAUCCAUGAUCCACUCAAUAUAUUAGAUGACAGUGGAAGAAAGCAAGUUGGAUCUUACUACUCUGACUCAUCGCCUCCUAUUAUUUGUCACAAUGCAGUGGGAUAUGACAACAUCCAGAAACUGCUGGAUGGAAUGGUAACAGGGAUCACUGUGAGUAACGAUGAAAGACUUAUGUGUGAGAGCUGUAUAAAAGGAAAGCAAACUCGCAAAACAUUUCCAAAAGAUGUAGUGUUCCAUGAAAUAGCGCCACUAACUGGGGCAGUGGAGCAAGAAGAAAAACAACAUGGAUGUACAAGAACGGAAAAUGUGUCUGAAACUGAGAAUGUCAAUGUAGACAUCCAAUCAGGAAACAGGAGUUCCAUGAGGAGCAACAAAGGUGUUCCAGCCAAGAAAUACAGUGAGGAAUAUGCAAACAUACAGUAG